UUCAUUUAACUUGCAAAAUAUUUUAUGAACCCUCUUGUCAUAUGACUAAAUUGCAACUUCCUCAAUUCCAUGUCCAUGCAGCUGUGGUGUUCACUUUCAAAGUUACUGUGUAAAAAGCACCAACCCUGCGAAGAGAUUUCAGAUUCCUCUUUUUAGAUCGGCUACAGCGUUGGCCUGCAUCCGCCGCUCAUUAUGGUCACACGCUUCACUUUGUGCUGCCAGAUUGCUCUCCUAUUGUUUACUUGUUUGCCGUGUGCUGCUGACAUUUCAUGUCUAAAUGAAGAAGGGAAUCCAGUUGAUUGGUUUGUCAUCUACAAACUUCCAAAAUAUAAACUAGAUGAAGUUGGGAGUGGGGUGGAGUACAUGUACUUGGAUGAAUCAGUAGCGAGAUGGCAGAUGAGCAAAUAUAUGAUCAACAGCAGCCAAGGAGCCAUAGCCAACACUCUGAAUCAGCUGUACAUGGGAAAAGCCUACAUGGCUAACAGCUCGGUCUACGUUCUGUACAACGAUGGGCCGCCAGAUCUGAAAUACAUACAAGCAUAUGGACACACUAAAGGGGUUCUGCUCUUUGACCGCGCUCAAGGGUUCUGGCUGUCACACAGCAUCCCUCAUUUCCCAUCAUUCCCUGAGAGGGGCUACAUCUACCCAUCCUCAGGCAAAUUAAAUGGCCAGACGAUGCUUUGCAUGACUUACCAGUAUGCACAGUUCCUCAAAAUUGCGCAGCAGCUGGAGUACCUGUAUCCACGUUUCUACAACUGCUCCGUCCCCACAGCGUUCUCCGCUGACCUGCCACAACUUGCCAAGUUGUGUGAGGGUUCCAAACCAGCGCUGGCCUCUGAUAAGAACAUGCAGCCCCUUGUCUCUAGCCAAGGGGAAAAGUUUACCAGCUUUGUUAAAUCUAAGCACUUUGUUGAAGACAUCUACACCGGUUGGGUGGCUCAGGUUCUGGAUGCUGACCUUCUGGUGGAGUCCUGGCAGACACAAGGUCACGACCUUCCUUCCAACUGCUCACUGCCCAGACACACCAUGAACAUCAAGAGGAUCCGGCUUCCCACUUCAGUCCGUUUCCGAUCUUAUUUCGACCACUCAAAGUGGUGCGUCUCACAAGCGUACGAGGACCAAGUAACCUGUCUGGGGGACCUGAACAGGGAGUGGGCCCAGAAGUGGCGUGGCGGGGGUCUGAUCUGCUCCUACAACCCUGUGAUUUACAAGGCCUUCAGACAGCUGGUGGAGUGGUACAUCAGCUGCAGAAUGACAGGACAUGACUGAAGCGUCUACCUUAAAUUUACUUCAUUAAAUCAUGUAAAACUAAGAGCAUCAACAACCGUUACAAUCAAACCCACUGCAAUAUCAGAUUCAUUGUUUGAGCCCUAAUUUUAGUGACGCUUUUACAUUUUUGUAUCAAACCUUACCAAGUAUGGUGUUUUUUUUAAUGAUUCAAUUUCUGACAAUACUGAGAUUAGCCGGAUGUUUUAGGUUUUACAAACGUUUUGACAAGUUAAUGGAACUACUGAAGAACUUAUGGUGUCAAUGGAUUCCUGUAUUUUCAUUCAUGUACAUCUUAAGCUAGUUGAAAUGAAAGCGCAAGAUAUUGAACUCUUAUUUACCUUUUUAAAGUUGUUUUGAAUUGUGAAUACUGGCAACUAAAAUGAGAUUGAGAAAGAUUUUGUGCUUUGAGUAACUUUAUUUUAAAUUAAGUGUUGCUUUGUCAUGCAGAUUUUUGAUUUAAAGUCCCACUCUGAUCAUUUUUUUGAUACAUUUUCAAAGUUUCUCUUUGUUUUUUUUUAUUAAGAUUAAACUGUUUUUAGCCAAAAUAAAAAAAUAAAUAAAUAAAGAGUCUUUUUCUAGGACAUAAUUUCUGCAGUUUGGCAGUUUUUUAGACUUCAUUAGACAUUUGGCUCUGAGUUGUGGAGCGGAGUAAGCCCGCCCCAAUUCCCAUCAUCAUCUGUUUAUACCAUUAACAUUAACAUUACAAGCACAGCAAAAAUAAACAGUGAUCAAUAUCAGAGCUAUCCAGACGUACAGUUUUAAGUCAGAUUCCAUCUUAGACAAGGAAAGUGAAGACACUCAUGGAUCUAUAU